UUAUUUCCUAUUGUUCUAAAAGUCUAAAAUAUAUUACGAGGAGGGACAAGUACCAUUUUGUUCCACCAGCAUUUGAUUUAAGUAAAAGUUGUUUUAUUCGGGUUAUUUCACCUGUAGUGCUUUAGAAAAAUCGACCAUUUUUAAGAUCCCUACUUUCGUUUCGUCAACUCUGUGAAACAUCUACCAAACAAAGUACAAUGGCUGAAAAACCGAAACGUCCUCUGUCCGCCUACAUGUUGUGGUUGAGCUCUGCCCGCGAACAGAUAAAGAAGGAGAACCCCGGUAUCAAGGUGACAGAGAUCGCUAAGAAGGGCGGUGAGCUAUGGAGGGCAAUGAAGGACAAGAGCGAAUGGGAGAACAAGGCCGCCAAGCAAAAGGAUCAGUAUUAUAAACUUGUUCAGGAGUUCGAGCAGAAUGGUGGCAGCAAGGACGCCGGUAAGAAAAAGAACAAGACUGCAAAGAAGGCAGCACCUAAGAAAGGUAAAAAGAAUGACUCUGAUGACGAAGACGAGUCCGGCGAGGAAAGUGACUAAACUAAUAAAUACUGAAGUAAAAUAAACCAAAACUGAUGA